AUGUCCGGCUACGGUAGAGAUUCUGGUGGCGGUGAAGGAUAUGGUGGUAGUCAUUCAAGUAAUGAUAAUCAUUCAGGACGAUCAAGCGGUAGUCGAAAUAAUUAUGAUAAUAACAGUGGACAAAAAAGAAGUUCUGAUUAUAAUUCACGUGGCGGUGGAGGUUCUGGAAGCGGAGGUGGUGGUAGUUACAAUCGUGGUCGCAAUGACUAUCAAAGUGAUGAUAGAGGUAGCAGUGGACAUAAUCGUGGUCGAAAUGAUUACAAUGAUAAUGGUGGUAGUGGUGGUGGAGAUGAUCAGCGUAUGGAAACUCAACGAGACACAAUUUUUAUUCAAAAUUUACCACGCAAUGUAACUAGUGAAGAACUUAGAGAAGUAUUCAGUCAAAUUGGAAUAAUUAAAAAUGAUAGAAAAACAGGUGCACCAAAAAUUUGGAUUUAUAAAGACAAGGCAACUGGUGAAGGUAAAGGUGAAGCAACAAUUACAUAUGAAGAUGAAGAAGCAGCACAAGCUGCUAUCAAUUGGUAUAAUGACAAAGAAGUUCUCUCAAAUAUUGUUAAAAUCUCAUUGGCCACUCGGCGUGCUUCUGCUUUGGGUGGCCGAGGUGGAUUUCGUGGCCGUGGUGGAUUCCGUGGUCGAGGAGGAGGUGGUGGUAGCUCCAGUGGAAGUGGUGGUGAUUAUGGUGGAUAUCGUGGUAGAGGUGGAGAUCGUAGUGGUGAUUAUCGUGGUAGUGGUCGUGGUGCGAGCCAUGGUUCAAGCAGAGACAAUCGUUCUAAUCCAUAUUAA